UCUCAAUACGCAGACACAGCAUCAGUCGACAACAAAUAAUAUUUCCGAUGAGAUUUUUAAUUUUAUUUAUCGUAAUUCUGCCCUUUUUCCAGCUAUGUGAUUCCUCAUUUUCUGAAAGUCACGAUGACAUGCUCAUUCAAUGUCGAAUGAACAUCAAAAAUUUAUCGAAAAAGCGUGAAAAGCACAUUUGUGAAAAGGAGAAUUUUGACGAUGAUUUUGAGUAUCAAAUUGCAAAUAUGGAAGCUCCUUAUUCAGGACAAAAGUUCAUGUGUAUAUCAUUCGAAAAGGCUCAAGAUCAAAAACUCAAAUUUAAACUUUGGUUCUCUCACGAGAAGUUCAGUAUUAAUGCCUUUGGCAUUAAAAAUGCAAAUAUUGCAAAAGGAGUCUUUGAAUCAUCUGUGGUAUUUAAGUCUUCAUUCAUUGUUGUCAUUCCAACUGGCAAUGUGACAAUUCCACAAAUAUUUGGCUUUGAACUCAAUGGUCAAGAUGCAUGUCCAUUCUGCGGACAAAGAUUAGAAGAACCUGCAAUCGCACUUAUUAGAGGAGGAACAGAAGUUAACAAUCACUAUAAGUAUCCAUGGCAUAUGACAAUCUAUCACUAUGAGUCAUCAAAUUUACAAUAUAAAUGUGGAGCAUCAAUAAUCCGCGAGAAUAAAAUUAUCACUGCUGCGCAUUGUGUAACAUACAAGGAUCAAAAGCUGCAUGAAAAUAAACUUGUUGUUCGAUUUGAGGAGGAAGGAAAGCUAUUUGAGUCAACAAAAUAUCAAUAUAAAGUCUUUCGAAUACUUGUUCAUGAACUUUAUAGUCAUGAAACAUUUGAGAAUGACAUUGCUAUAUUGAUACUUGAGACAUCCAUUGAUAUACAUAGCAAGAAUAUCCGAGCAAUUUGUUUACCUCCGAAAGGAAAGACGAAUUUUCCCAAUGAAGGAUUUGUGGUUGGAUUUGGUUCAACUGAUAGACAUGUGAAUGCAUCAAGGAUUUUACUCGAAACAAAGCUUCCAAUCAUUCAAAAGGAUGAAUGUCGAGAUAGUGAUCCAGCAUUUUUUGCCAGACACUUAUUUGACACAAACUUUUGUGCUGGAAAAAGGGGAUUUGGAGUUUGUAGUGGAGAUUCUGGAGGUGGACUGUUUGUUUAUUCUAAGGGACUCUGGAUUUUGAAAGGAAUUGUAUCCAAUACUAAGCCAAACACAGAUUCAUCAAUUGUCAAUCCAACCUGCAGUGAUGACAAUUAUGCUCUGUUUACUGAUGUUGCUAAAUAUUUGGACUGGAUUGAUAAACGUGUCAGCGAUAAUUGAUGAUUUUCAAAUAUUAAUUGACGAUAUUUGGAUGCAACAAAUUAUAAAAUAUUUAAUAAACAAUUUGUUUUCACGCCUGACUAACUGAAUUGCUGAUAUUACUGAUUUUUUUCAUGAUCCUUAAAAAAUGCCUCAAAACUUUAGC